AUGGCUCAAUUACCUUUGAUGCUACAUUAUUGCGUUGUGAGACCCCGAUUCUGCUAUCUGACGGGACAGUGCAAGCGAGACGCCGUCGACUUACCAUCGAGUUCUAAAAUAAACGGGAUCCAAGGCGAAGGCGGCGGGGGCGCAGUGCAACGUUGCACGCGCGAUGCGGCGUCGCCGGCGCACGCGCAUGCGCCGGCGCCAGCGCAGCCCGUUCCACAGACCGUCAAAGUUGAGCGGUAUAGUCCCCACGAAUCCACCGCCUCCAGAUCUCGCAGUGUGACGCCUUCAACGUCGUCGUACCCGGGCACGCCACCGGAGCGUGGCAGCCCUAGCCACGCGCCUUCUGCGCCGGCGCAUCCACCCCGCAACUAUUCGGACAUCAUGCGCUCGCUCGCUGCGAGGUACAACACGCAUCCUGCCAAUGAUUACUUCCACCGAGUCAACGGCUUCAAAGCGGAGCCCCGCGCCCCAGUUCAAGACGCGAGUGAUACACCAGUGGGAGGGCUUUUCGCGAAGCUGGCUAAGCAGCAGGGAGGCCCACCGCGGCUACCAGCAUUUCCGGUCAUGAUAGACAUGAGCUCUACAAAGACUUUAUUAGCAAUAUCGCGGGUAGGCCGCGGCGGCAGGUCGCGGCGCAAACGCGUCGGCGCCGGCGCAGUUCCAGAGCAUUUUCCUCUAGAUCUCUCGGCGGCUGGCGAGAGUGCUUCGAAACGCGCUCGACUCUCCUCCAGCCCCAGCACCAGAAGCGAUGAUGACAGAGAUAGAAUAUCAAAUGAAGAUCGGAGUGAAACGCGCGACUGCCUCUGCGCAGAGGCGCGCGCACGAGUUUCCGCGUGGUCGGUGGACGACGUCUGCGACUUCGUCAAUUCCAUCGACAUCUGUGCUGAAUAUGCUUCGAAUUUCCGCGAACAAAGAAUCGACGGUGCCGGCCUGCCGCUGCUAACUGAGGAACACUUAACUGGUAUGCUGCAAAUGAAGCUCGGUCCGGCGCUGAAACUUAGAGCUAUCCUCGCGCGGAGGCUCGAGCUUUGCGCACAGUGCCAAGCCAACAAUCUUCUCACCGCCCCCGUUACACCAAACACGCCCAAAAUCAACGGAACAGUCAAAGGAGAACCCAGAAGCAAUACCACCAGUCCCAGUUAG